AUGUCAGAGCAGCUGGUGCGGGUCCACCACUCGCAUAUCGCCAUAUUCAUGCCGCAGAGUUUCCCAGCUGGCUCUCGCCCUGUGGAGGACGAGAUCCAUGAAAUUGACAUCGUCCCCUUCCUGAACUUCGGGACUUACUCUGGUUGCCUGGAAGAUACGUGCAAGCUGUUGGUCUCUGAGCCUCGCAGCUUGUGCAGCAGCUCUUUGCACGUGUAUAGCCGCACUGAUCGGAUCGGAUUGCUGUCGAUCUGGAAGUCGCUCAGCCUCCCUAGCUCCGACGAGCGAGCUGAAGAGCACGUGAAUGAUGAAUAA